AUGAAGAUGUUGCUUGGCUGCUCAUUCUGCCUGCUCGUCCUGCUCAGCUGUCUGAGUGAACCUGCGAAGGGUCGGACUCUGCAUCUGGACAGCUGCUCUGUCAAUGUUCACACACACGAGCUGCGCAAAUAUUACUCUGAGAUACGAUCGAAUGCGAUCGCAGGAGACAGUGAGAUCGGAGUAAAACUUCUGGACAAGUCAUUGAUGAAGGAUGUUAAGGAGGGGCAAAUGUGCUGUUUUUUGCAUCUUCUUCUGCGUUUCUACGUUGAGAGGGUGUUUGGCAACUACGCCUCUGCUCAGCCUCAGGAACAACGCUCCUCCAGUGCUCUGGCCAAUGCUUUUGUCACCAUCAGAAGACAUAUACACAAAUGUCACUGCCACUGUGAUGAAGAAACACAGAGGAUAAUUGACUCCCUGCAUGCUGAGUUUAUCAAGUUACAAGUAAACCAGGCGGCGCAGAAGGCCAUGGGAGAACUGGACACUGUGCUCGAGUGGCUGGAGGGGGUCGGCCAGAGAACAUAA